AUUUUCUGUGAAGAACGGAGAAGAAUCGUUGAAGUCAUGGCAAGAACUAAACAGACCGCUCGUAAAUCCACCGGUGGAAAAGCCCCGAGGAAGCAGCUCGCUACUAAAGCCGCCCGUAAGAGCGCACCAGCCACCGGCGGAGUCAAGAAGCCUCAUCGUUACAGGCCCGGUACCGUGGCUCUGCGAGAGAUCCGCCGUUAUCAGAAGUCCACUGAGCUGCUGAUUCGCAAACUGCCUUUCCAGCGUCUGGUGAGAGAAAUCGCUCAGGAUUUCAAGACGGAUCUGCGCUUCCAGAGUUCCGCUGUCAUGGCCCUGCAGGAGUCCAGCGAGGCUUAUUUGGUCGGUCUGUUUGAGGACACCAACUUGUGUGCCAUCCAUGCCAAGAGGGUCACCAUCAUGCCCAAAGACAUUCAGCUGGCCCGCCGCAUUCGUGGAGAACGAGCUUAA